AUGGUGGCUCAACUCGAACUCACCGAUGCUCGCAACAAGCUUGAGGAUCUCUCCGGCAUCCAGCUUCAGCCCGGAGAGAACCCUUACACAGCCCUCAUAAGAACAUGCAAUGACAACCCUGCCGAGAUCCAGACCCUCUACUCUGUCCACCGGACAAAGAGAAACGCCCAGCAGGCCGAAAAGUUCCUAGACCCCAACUUCAAGGAGCUCAUCAUAGACCAGUAUCUCCUGAGGCUGGAGGAUCAGACCGUCGAGCCGGGCUUUCGUGACCCGAGGAACUGUCUCGUCUUUUGGGCGAGGCCACCUGAUCACGUUGUUCGACUGGCAGCUAAGCUGCAGGAGUUGCUGAAGCAGGCUGCCCCAAAUGUUUGGCUUAUGCCUACUCACAAGAUGCACCUGACGGCGCUCGAGGUUGCUUUCUCCAAGACUCCCGAUGAGAUUGCCUCGUUAGUGUCUACGCUGCGGCCGUCAAUCCCCUCAAUUGUCAACUACCCCUACUCGCAUAGGUCACGUCUCGUCAAGCCCAUGAUCUCCUACGAUCUUUCCGCCUUUGCCGUCUCAUUCCUCCCGGCGGCUGGCGAAGCCUCUCUCUCACCGCCCCCUGUGGAGCCUAUAGUUACGGAUGGCAUCACACAAGGAGAUGACUACACCUACCAUCACCUCCGCCGCGAUGUAUUCGACCAGGUACAGGCGGGCGGCGUUGAGGUUGGAUCUAGAUAUCAGGUUCCAAGCGCACACAUCACACUUGGUCGGUAUCUCAGCCAUGAAGACCAUGAUACCCCUGAGAAGAGGGCAAGCUGGGUCAAGGCCAUUGACGAGAUUAACCAGUGGUUGGAGAAGGAGGUUUGGGAUAACCCCGACACCGAGUUUGUGGGCGAGUGGAUCGUCGGCCAGGAGAAGGGGCUCGAUGCGCGGAACGGCACAUUGUGGUAUGGAGGUGGCAGAACCAUCAUGUUGGGAGAGGGUUUCUAG